CUCUAAUUUUGUAUGACCGAAUGGCGCUGUCUUCGAAGUGAUGGACAACUAAUGCUUUCGAUGAACUGUGUUUGUGGUCGCAGAGAUGGAGUCUGUUGUUUACUGGUAUAGAAAAGAGAUUCAUUUCUGGCGAACUGCUGGAAGUCUUUUCUGGAGUGUCGUGUGCUUACUGCCUCUAACAACAGUGUAUCUGUUCAUAUGCCAUCUUAGUUUACUUCAUCCUUGGCAAAGCAUAUCUGGGUUUGUGACAGAUUUAGCAUCGAUUUUCUUCCCAUUGGUAUACUUGGUGCUGACAGCUGUCUUGCUGGGAGUGGCAUAUUCUGUUUCAUACUCAGUAACUCCCAGGGUGCCAGAGACACGCCUACAGAAUUACUUGUACCUCUUCAGAUGGUCAUGCUUGCCACACAUCUUUGCCUGUGUCAUGGGUGGAGCUUGUGUGGCAUGGUGUUGCACACUAUUUAUAGGUCAACGCUUCUAUGGCCUCACCAUUCAGCAAGUUACCCCAGAAAAGGAGACACUGGUGAUGAACGAGGCUCACCUGUUCCUUGUGAUGUCAGGUGCUGCUACCGGCCUUCUUUACUAUAUCAAUUUUCACAUGCAGCAGCAGAAUUACCUGGCCUUUCCAAUACUGCAGAGAGAGAAAUAUUUCCGUGUGCGAAGUGAAAUGGUCGAGCACGCAUGGAAAUGUAUCUGGUUGGCUUGUACAGCUGUAAAAAGUUUCUUCAUAUUUUACUUUCUUUUCGGUGGACGAAUAAGAGUGUGGAUAGUGGAAGCUCUAAAUGUGGAUGAUGUCCCUGCAAACCAGCGUCUAGAUUCGCUUCCUGGCCUGCUGGACUUCUCUGUCUUGUGGCAGACUUUUCUCUGCUCCUUGUUCACCUGUUAUAGUUGGACAUUGACCACCAUUCUGUACUGCGUCUAUCACACACAGCGCCUUGAGUUCCCAGUACUGCCUGGUUUUAAUUCCCCUUCUAAAUACUGUCUGAAUGAGGCUCUGAUCUGUAAUGAUGCCCUACUCCAGCAUCUGGCUUUCUUAGACUUGUCCCACCUAUCCAGCACCAACAUGGCUCGUCGUCAGGAGGUUUUCAGCCUAAGCCAACCAGGGGGUCACCCGUACACCUGGCGAGCUAUUGCCAGCACCUGUCUGCAGCAAGUGGACAUGCUGGUGACAAAGGUCCACAUUGCUAAUGCUGCAAAACUUGCCAGUGUGCCCUUGCAGCAACAUCCAGAAAAGAUUUUCCAUACCACAGUUUCAGACGAUGAACUGCUUAAAGAUGUCCUAAAGACUUCAUCACAAAAACCUUCACUCCUGUCAAGGGUGCGUGCAAUUCUUAUGACCAAGCCAGUCUUGAGUUAUUUUCUCAUGGAGCUGCCCGAUGCCAAGAGCAGACAACUCUUUGCCACCUGUCAAAUUCCAAUCUGGGCCAUAGAAGCCCUGUCUCAUUUGGCAGCAGCAUCAUAUAGGGAAGACAAAUAUGGUGUUGUGCAGCAGUCCUUGCCCACCAUUAUCACCUCGCUUGUUACUCUUCAUGAUAAUGUUGAGAAAUAUUUCAAGCUCCAGCCUCCAGCAUUAAGAAGGUAUGGCCGCGAAACUCCAGUAGCUCCUCGUCUAUUGCUAAGCCAGCAGCUAAGAGAAACUCUCAAGACGUCCAUCUAUCGCCUGACUGACACCUUUUCCUCUCAUUUAGGAGAUUUACAACUGAGUGCCGACUGCUUAAAACGAGUGCGUCUAUUUCUUGACUAUAAGGAGUGAUGAUCAGCAAGACAUUUUGAAAAACUUAAUGCAGAAAAUAUGGAAACUAAGUGUCCUUUUUUACAUGUGUUUAUGAAGAGAGAGAGAAAGCAAAAUUUUUUUAAAUUUGAAUACCUAUAGUUGCUGAAUGUGAUUGUAAAUAUAGCCAUACAUGGAUCAUUUCAGCUUGCGAAAAGGAGCGUGGGCUAGGGUGUCAUGGAUGAUAAGGUCAUUGUCGAUGUGAACCUGGAGAUGGAAAAAGGCUAGUCUCUAGGGUGAAAAUAAAAAUACCACAAACAUCUGUUCAGCAGUGGUUCUCAGUGACCAACUACUAUAUUCUACAAAUGAAAUGAUCGAAAAGGAUCUGUGGAAAAAUGUCAAACCUAUGAUCAAGAAGAUAUGCAUUGCAGGCUCCACGUGUGUGUGUGUAGCCACUCACGGCAGACUGCAACAGUGUCCUACCUGUGAGGCAAAGCACUAAGAGCUGUGGCCAAAGGGGGUCUUUCUUCACACCCAACUCUUGGGGAGCGGGCUUCAGAUAUAACCUCAGCCACACUGCUAGCUUUGUGGUAUCCCCCAACAAGAGGAUCUGACUGCACUGAUGUUGAACACUGAUUAUUCCAUGCAGGACCUGCUCACGACUCAAGAGCUGCCACCUGUCCAGUUGUUUCCCCUGACAAGUUAUAGCAGAAUUUUUGCUACUGCUCUCAGUCAUCAAAACAACAUGAGCAGUUACCCUUUUAACAUGUCUAGUGUAUGAGUUUUUAACCAGACUGCAGUAGAGUCUGUGGACUUAAGGAGUAAACCGUCAUCUUCUGGUGCAUCAAAACUGUACAGUGUGCACUCCUUAACCCCUUCUGAAGUACUUAAUGUUCAUGCAGUACGCAUACCCACAUGCAUGCAGACACACAAAGAAUGGCAUGCAUGCAUCAUUUAUGUAUUUUAAUUUAAGCAUAAUAACUUUCAUUUCCGCUCAGAUAUUUACAAAAAUAAUCACUACAAUUUUAUGCAACAAUAUCCUAAAGAAAUAGUAGUCAAUAUAGAAAUAUGCAAGAACUGUACUGUGAACAUGGUACCCUUUUAAACAAAUCAAAUUUUUUGUCGUCCAUAAACCUGCAACACUUCCUCUGAUGAAGUCUACAAAGAGUGGGUGAAGGGAUGCUGGGUAAAAAUUCUGGUUCCACAAUGCAUGUGCCUAGGUAUGUGCACAUGAUUUACACAGAAAUUUUAUGUAGUUUUAAUGAAACAUGAGUCAUUAGACCUGGCUAAUACAUUUUUAAUUAAUCUAGAAAUACUGAGAAGGAAAAAUGCUGUUGUUUAGAGACCAUCCUAGCCUACUGACUGCAAUGGAGGGUAAAUGGAAUGGUGGUGAUGAAGGCAUAUGUCGAUGAAUUUUAAAAAUGGCAAUAUAUCAACAACAUAUGCAUCACUUUUUCUGUACAAUACCAAUAACGUGCAGAUGAAAAUAGCUUAGCUGCUUGUGCAGCCCAAGUAUUCAUCACUAAAGCCACUUCAAUGUAGACUGUAAAACCUGGAGAACUGCAACCAUGCAUUGUGUCGUACUACAUACAGAUCAUUUGCAUAAGACAUGGAGAAAUUUUAUCACUUGAGACCAUCUAUCUCACAGCAGUUUUAAGAACCCCAACACACAAAGGAAUUUGUUAGAAAAAUAACACUCCAAUCUCUUUUGUCUGAUUUAAAUUGCAGCAGGAUAGUCCAUCUUGAGAUAAGCGAUGAAACACACAAAUGCUGAAUCAUAUUUUGCAUGCAUUUCUCAUGCAUCUUAAAAAUGUCACAGGCUGAAUCUUGUGAAAAAACUAUAGUGUGAUCGACGAAAGAAUUCAGGAGGGAGGACUACAGUGUCAUUCAUCCAAAAAUUCAAAUAUGUGACCAUGACAGGUUCUGGCCUUUGUUGAUAAAAAAUGUUUACUGAAGCUGCUUUGAUAAUAAAAAAUUUUCAAGACAAUUACUACCUGCAACUGGCAAGGAGUUCACUUUUAUCUAAUUUUUAGUGACCAUGAUAGCCACAUUGUAAAGGUUCAAGAAAGUAUUGUAAAUUCAAUCUGCAUAAGUGACUUCAGACAGUUUAUUUCAUCACACCAAGCAAAAAUUAGAUGAAAGUUCAAAUGCAUAUUGGAGAAGACCUCCGACACACUUUCUAAAGGAAACACUACAUUCAUUUACCGAUAGGCAUGUUGAUCCAACCUUACACAUUUCAACUGACCAAAAAAUAAAAACAUACGUGACCAAGCAGACAAAUCCAUACUCCCAGACAAAUCACAACGUAACAGAACGAAAUACUUCUGGUAAUCCAUGCAGUUAAAUGACACGGGAAAAACUGACAUCCUGCCAGUAGAGAAAUGUGCACUGAUCUUAUCAAUCAAAUCUACUAUACUGUUUUCUCAGCUGAAUCACUUUAUCAAACACAAAAAUUGUCAACUUGUGAAAGGACGGUUUAGUUAUACAAAGCUAGGGUUGUAGCACCUUGUUUCCUCCUGCUUUGCUUUUUUGCCCCCAGUGUCAUCAGCAAGAAGCCCCAAUUUCUGCUCAGGUAAUCUGUUUUAAAGCUUCACAUGCAAGCUCAGUGAAUCAAGGUGAGACCCUAUCAACGUCUUGUAUCUAUAAAUUACGAAGAAAAAGAAACAUAAUCCAAAACCAGUUAUUCACCUUAAAGCAAGAUUCAUGCAGAUGGCCUAAUGUGUUUUAACAUAUUACAUCUGCCAGAAUAAAACAAAAUUAUUGUU